AUGGCAUCCCAAGACCACGACCACCAAACGGCCCAGCUCCCGCCGCGGACAAAGUCCAUCCUGGUCCUGGGCGCCGGCGAACUAGGCCUGGCCAUCCUGGACGCCAUCCUCGCGCACCGCAGCUUCUCGCCCGCCACCUCGCGCCUGACCCUGCUGGUCCGGCCGCGCAGCCUGCACCACCCGACGCCGGCACAGCAGGCGCAGCAGGCCGUCCUGCGCUCGCGCGGGCUCGCGGCCAUCGUCGCGGCCGACAUCGAGGCGUCUUCGCAGGCCCAGCUGGCCGCGCUGUUCGCGCCCUUCACCGCCGUGAUCCACGCCGGCGGCAUGGCCCUGCCCCCUGGCACCGUCACCAAGGUCACCCGCGCGGUGCUCGCGGCGGGUGUGCCCUACUACGUCCCCUGGCAGCACGGGGUCGACUACGACGUCAUCGGCCGCGCGGGCGGGCAGGGCAUGUUCAGCGAGCAGAUUGGCGUGCGGGAGCUGCUGAGGGCGCAGCGGAGUGAGAGUCCAACGACAGGGACGAAAACGAAGACGGACUGGGUGAUUCUCAGCUGCGGCAUCUUUAUGAGUUUCUUGUUCGAGGACUUCUGGGGCGUGGUUAGGAGGGUACCAUCUCCCUCUCCAUCUGCACCUGCACCUGCACCGGGGAUCGAAAACAACACAAACGCGAGCGGUCAAGAUACAGCAGCAGCAGCAGCAGCAGCAGCAGCAGGACAGGGAAAGACCCAGAUCCAAAUCACGGCGCUCAACUCGUGGGACGACCUGAUCACCGCCACCACGGCCGAGGACAUUGGCAAAUGCACGGCCGCGCUGCUCUUUACGCCUGACUCUCCCGUGAACACCCCCGUCUACAUUGCGGGGGACACGCUGACGUACGGCGCGUUCGCGGACACGAUCGAGCGCAUCGUCGCCCCGGCGGGCAUGGAGGUCAUCCGCCAGGUGUGGCCGCUCAGCCAGCUCAGGGCCGAGAGCGAGGCCGACCCGGCGGACAUGAUCAAGCGGUACCGCGUGGUCUUCGCCGAGGGGAGGGGGCUGAGUUGGCCCAAGGAGCGGACGUGGAGUGAAAGCCAGGGCAUCGCGAUGGUUGGGGUGGACGAAUACGCCCGCGGGUUUUUUGGCGCGGACGGCGGCCGGGGGUCGACAGCGGCAUCAUAGCUGACGACGACGAGAUCACCUGGCGUUCGACAGGGCGCGGUACCGGUGGCGACGAUGGGCUGAGAUCGCGCCUAUG